UUUUUUUUUUGCUUUUCACCACCUGGCCUGAAAUAUUAUAAUUCUGUUUAAUUUUUCUUAUUUUUUUUUUUAGUUAUUUUUUCCUUUCACUAACACCAAGUACAUUUUGAGCCACCACAGAAACGUAAAAAAAUUUAAAAAAAGGGACGAAGAAAAAUAGCCUACAACGUGAAACCAAGAACAAAAAUAAACUUCUUUUGAUAAUGCAAUCUUCUGAGGUAAAAAAUAAAUAAAUAAAUAAAUAAAAACAAAACACCAGAGUAUUUGUGAUCAUGUUGUUAAUAAAAAAUGUUUAUUGGCUGCAAAGAUACGGUGAAGUAUUUUUCAUUUUACUGUCUCCCUUUAUGACAAAAGUGCUUCCUAGUUUGAGGAGGGGGGAAAACAAAAUGAGUUUCAAAUGAAUUCAAAUAAAACUGUGAACAAUGUCUUGGAUAAAUCAGAGUGUCGUGUUCUUUUGUGCGUUUUGUUUUGGUGAUUAAAAAGGGAUCGCAAAAUUACACCUGGUGCAAAUCAUGAAUGAAGGCAACAACUGAGCCACUCGCCUUUUUUGUCUUUAAUAUUUAAGGUUGAAAACAGUUACAAUGAAGUAGCACACAGUUAACUUGCAUAAAAUGUAAAUAAAGAAAUGGGCUACCUGAGCCAAAUACAAACGUCAGACUGAAAAACGUUUUUGCUUUACACUCAACCCAGGAUGAAGGGCCAAAAGUGACUUAGUGAUUUGAGUAAAACUGGAAACAUGCAAGAAAUAAAUAAACAAGUGUGUCCAUAAUUAUUUGUAUGCCAUUAUUUUCUUACAUGCUUUAUUGCAAGAAAAUAAUUGCGUAAAUCAUUUGAACAUUAAAUAUAUUAAAGGCAUAUUUUAAUGUUAGUUAUUUCAGCAUUCAUUUGCUAAUUUUAUACAGUGUAUGCGGGUGCAGAGAUAAUGAAACUUUAAACAGCCAGAAAGAUGAACUAAAGGAUCCUAAAAUCUGAUUGGUCUGACGUGCACUUCAGACCAAUCACCUUUGACUAGCAGUCUUAGCUCCACCCACUGACUUUCAGGGGUUAGUCUGGCAGACGAAUAAAUGAUGCUGUGCAACAAAAUGAAUGUUUUUGUAACAAAAAAUACAUUUUAUUGAGUAUAGCUUUAAUUAAAUGUAUGUAUUUACAUCUAUUUUUUAUUUUCUAAUGAUGUAAUAAAGUAAUUAAUCAGUAAAUUAUUCAUCUAGGACACUUUUGACCCUGAGUAAUUUGAUGGGUCAAGUGAGUGGCGCAAACUAUGUGGUUGUUAACGUAACUGGUCUGAUGUUAUCUUGUUGUGCAAAUUAAGCAGUCAGGUGUUAUGGUUUCUUUAAUAAGGAACAGUAACGUUUAAAUAAUAGCACUGUGCAAAGUGCAGACACAUUUUGCAAAGUAAUAAACUCUUAAAGAAUAUGUGAUUUUAAAGUACAAUAAACCUCAACAUUAAAAUACAAAAAUAUCUUUAUUAUGUUAUUGGUGUAUUUAAUUUAUCCAUUUCUGAUUUCAUGAAAUUGUCAAAUAUGUGCAUUUAGUUAUUUUUUAUUAAAUGUGUGACACUUAUGGUCUUCCAUACUCUUAAUUAGAGGAAGAUUUUUAAAAUCGUUGGAAGUUUAACUAUGAUUAUGUUUUUUUGAUUAAAAGAGAUCAUUUUUAUUGGCAUGCUGCAUAUAUAUGUCGGAUAAGCAUAAAUUACAUAUAUAUAAAAUUAAAUACAUAAAAAAAAUAUUUCAGACAUGGGGAAUCAGAAGAGUUAAAUAAAAAUAAAAUAAAAAACUUUUUUAUUUACGUCAAAUGAGAGAUGUGAAGUGUGAUCAACAUGCCAAGCAAGUUAACUUUAUUUACAUAUAUUUCUUAGAUGAAUUAUGAACAUCAUAAAACUCGUCGGAAAUUACUAUUAUUGUUUUUUUUUUUUUUUUUUUUUUUUUACAUCCACAAGACUGGAACCCCAUGCCACAGCAAAACCGUUCUCACUUAGCUCACCGAAAUCUCGCGAUGAUUGCCUAUGACAGAGCAUAGUGGCGACGAGAACUGGCUUGGAACGCAGUGAGGAGAGUUGUUAUCGAAGAACAGGGAGAGGAGACGGAGGCAGGAGCGGACCAAAGGGGGGUGUGUGUGAGAGUGUUUGUGAGGUCCAAAAACAAGGAGCACAACACGGCGUGAAUGAGAGAGGCAAACUGGCGGAUUUCAACAUGGCAUCCGGAGAUACGCUGUACAUUGAGACAGACGGCUCGGAGAUGCCGGCCGAAAUCGUGGAGCUGCACGAAAUAGAAGUAGAAACGAUACCAGUGGAGACUAUCGAGACCACGGUGGUCGGCGGGGAUGACGACGACGACGAUGAUGACGGGCAGCCCAUGAUUGCGCUGCAGCCGCUGGUCACGGACGACCCCAGCUCGAUCCACCACCACCAGGAGGUUAUCCUGGUCCAGACCCGGGAGGAGGUGGUCGGCGGAGACGAUUCAGACCUGCACACGGACGGCGGGGCUGGAUUCGAGGAUCAGAUCCUCAUCCCAGUGCCAGCACCUGGGGUCGAGGAUGAGUACAUCGAGCAGACUUUAGUGACUGUGGCUGGAAAGAGCUCGAUGGGUCGGGUAAAGCGAGGAGGCAGCACCGGUGGAAAGAAAGCAGGCAAAAAGAGCUAUUUAAGCGGCCCAGACGCUGCUGGGAGAAAAUGGGAACAAAAGCAGGUGCAAAUAAAGACUCUGGAGGGAGAAUUUUCUGUUACAAUGUGGGCAUCGGAUGACAAUAAAGACAUUGACCAUGAGUCGGUGGUGGAGGAGCAGAUCGUCGGUGAGAACUCUCCUCCGGAUUACUCCGAGUACAUGACGGGGAAGAAACUGCCGCCUGGUGGCAUCCCGGGGAUCGACCUCUCAGACCCCAAACAGCUGGCUGAAUUUGCCAGAAUGAAGCCCAGGAAGGUGAAAGAAGACGACGCUCCCCGAACGAUAGCCUGUCCUCAUAAAGGCUGCACAAAGAUGUUCAGGGAUAACUCGGCCAUGAGGAAGCAUCUGCAUACCCACGGACCCCGCGUUCACGUCUGCGCAGAGUGCGGCAAGGCUUUCGUCGAAAGCUCCAAACUCAAGCGCCACCAGCUCGUCCACACAGGGGAGAAACCCUUUCAGUGUACCUUCGAAGGGUGCGGGAAAAGGUUUUCUCUGGACUUCAACCUGCGCACGCACGUGAGGAUCCACACCGGAGACCGGCCCUACGUGUGCCCGUUCGACGGCUGCAAUAAGAAAUUCGCCCAGUCUACCAACCUGAAGUCUCACAUUCUCACACACGCCAAAGCCAAAAACAACCAAUGAGAGCCCGUUCGUCAGCGUCAAGCCACGAAGGCAAAAAAAAAAAAAAAAAAACCUCUUUUGAAGACGUGAUGAAAACCUUGAGACUCAUUGAUUUAUAUAUAAAAAAAUAAAAACCUAAACAAAGAAAACGAAAAGGUCUGACAGUUUAAAAGACAUAAAACACUGAAAUUACGUUGUUUUUUUAAUUUGUUUUUCUUUUCCCCAAAAAAUUCAGUUUUUUUUUUUUCCCCUGCUGUCAUGUUGGAUGAGGAACACAGAGAAGACCCUCCCAGCCACCUGUCCCCAUUUCUCUAUUGGCACUUUGCUACCAGAAGAUGGAACCCAAGGACAAACAUCAGAGAUUUAUUUUUACCUGAGAAGUCAGAGAAACCGUGGUAUAUAUUAAUACUUUUAGUUUUGCUUUUAUUUCCUUCCAAGUGUGCAUAUUGUACACUUGUCUCAGGCCGUGUUUAGCGAAACAGUUUUUCUCUCUUUUGUUUCCCUGCGUUAUAAGAUCAUACCAAUGACACGUUCCAUCCGAAUCACACAUAGGAGUCGAACAACCAACGGUAUGUUUGCAUUUCCACCAUCUUUGGUUGUACUUUUCUCUAACCACAGAAUAACCUUGUAUACUUGUAUUGUAUGGCUGUAUUAAAAUUAAGUAGACAUAGAUAGAGGUGUGAUUUAAAGUGUUAACCAAUUAAACUUUUAGUCAUGAGUUGCUUUAUAUUUUAUAUUAACUGUCUUAACACAGAUGAAUGAGUAAUAUAAUCGUACUCGGCGGCGGUCGCGUUGAAGGGCCUGACGGGUACGUGGUAAACUGCGAGACCAUCACUUCUUUGUUAGAAUGUAAUGUACAGAAGUCAGCCAUUAUCUUCCUUUUGUUGGUAUUUACACCCAUGUAUUUCAACUGCCCACAAUAAAAUGGGUCAUUCCAACUGUCAAACUACA